UCACUUCCACUCACAUUUCAGCAGCCAGCACAACCAUUCAGCCUCAGCUCUGCAUUCUCACCCUAGCACUAGCUCACGAGUCGUCAGGCCCUUCCCUAGUCAAGCUCCCUCGUCUACAACCUCACACUCUCGAACUGAAAAGCUUCUUCUCGACAGGCACACGGGCUGGCGCACUUCACGAUGGCCCCUCGAACUUGUCGGACUCAACCCAGUCUCUCUCUCCUGCUUCUCGCAACCGCGCUAGCAGCAACGAGCCUCGCCGUAACCGCUGUAGCCGCAGCCAGUGGCGACAAUCUCGCGUUCUGCAAGCAGUACCUCGCGAGCAACCCGCGCAGGUGCCCCGCAGUGCAACCCUUGGGCAGUCUGGAUGUAGGGAAGCUCAAGGGGCGGUGGUACGAGGUGGCGGCGUCGUCGGCGCAGCAGUUCACGGCGGAGCUCGGCGCGGCGUGCACGGCGUUUGAGUUCGCCGCCGCGCCCAAACAGAACGGGCUCAAUGCCAUGCGCGUCACCCGCCGCACUGUCGAGUCGGUGGGUCCCAUCCGCGCCGCGCAGGUCGGCACCAUCGCCUCCGCCUCCCGCCGCUCCGCGCGCAACCUCCGCGGGGUGUGCGCCGCGAUCGCCGGCAAGACAGCCCCCUCGGAGCUCUCCUACGCGUCGCUCGUCAACCAGGCCAAACUCGGCGUGCCGGCCGCCGAUUUGGACGGCAAAACUGCCGGCUUGACGUCUACCAGCCUUUCCGCGAUCUCCGCGUCCCUAGGGCAGAUCUCCGCGCAGGCCGGCGCGAUUCACCUGAAGCUGGAGCGAAUCCAGACGGAUCUCGCGCCGGCGAAUCAGGUCGACCGCGUGCCGAAGCUGAGCGCGCUGCGGAGCCGGAUCGGAAAUAUGACGGAGUCGAUUCGGCGGUCCGUGCACGCGAUUCAGCGGUCUAGGGGGAGGAUAUUAAAGCAGGCGGAGCAGAUGCGCCUGGGCGUGAUGGGCGUGAAGGCGUCUUCUGCGUCCAAGAAGAACCGCCUCCAGCUGCUGAACGCCACACUCGCCCUGCAGCGGCAGGCGUCCGCCCUUGGCACGCUGGCCGUCUCGGCCACCAAGAUCGGCCUCCUCUCCUCCCUCGCCACGCCCGCCGCCGCCAGCCUCUUCGAGUCGCCCAUCAACCUCACUCAGAGCGUCAGUGUGAGGGGCUCUCUGGUGCAGGGCAAGCAGGGGGACGGCAGUGUGGUGGUGAAGAUGGGCGGGAGUCCCGCAGUGCGAUACGCGGUGGUGCAUGCGAUGCCGGGGUUUGACCUGGUCGUGCUGUACGGGUGCUCCGCGGCUAACCGAGCCAAGCUCGCAGCCACGGACGGACAGGCUAAGGUGCUGGUCCUAGCAAGGCAGAAAGCAGUGUCUGCGGAUGUUCUGGCAGGUUUGGAGGCGAUAUUGAAGCAAAAGGGCGUGGUGCUGGGGGGUGCAAAUGUGCUGGUCACUACUGACCAGACCUGCGCUUAAGGAGCGUACCACUGUACUGGUCCCCUCGUGCUGAGGGUCACAUCAGCUUCAGUUCAGAUAUACAAGCAUCUAUCAUAUAUGUGCGUAGCUGUGGACUGUUCUAUCGGCUUUCCUGUUCUAGAGAAUACUAUAACUGUACCAUGUAGCUAACACGACCAGGUAGUAGAUACGUUCUUCCACAUUGGAACUGUUUGUAUAUGUUCAACUACAGCCACAGCAUUC